AUGGCCAUCGAACAUCGACCAGCGGCAUCGUCGGACGCGUCGAGGACGAUGCCUCGUCCCGCGCGCGGCGCCACCGCGCGCGCGGUGCGCGUCGUCUUCCUCGCCACCGUCGUCGCGCUCGCGCGAGGGACGUCGGCGACGCGCGCGCGCGGGACGUGGGCGACGGAGACGUACACGCUCGUCCCGGGCGCUCGAGCGAUCGAUCGACGGGUGCGAUUCGGUGCGUCGCACGCGUACGACGUGCGGGACCUCGACCCGAGGACGUCGUACGAGGUCAAGGUGUCGCACCGAGCGACGGACGCGGGGGCGCUGGAGGUGCGGGCGGAGGCGUACGGGGGGGGGCGCUGGUCGCGCUUCGGCGCGGCGAGCGGCGGGCGACGGACAGAGCUGAGACGUGCGCUUUUGAGCGUCGAGAAGACGAUCCUGAGCGCGAAAACGCUCGGGAACGGGGUGACGCGAGCGAGGGUGACGGUGCGCGCGGAGCGCGAGGGGGUGUAUUGGCGGGGCGAGGCGGCGGCGCCGAGCGAGCUGACGUACGACAUCGAGGUCCGGCGCCUGUUCGCGAGCGGGCGAUUCGGAGAGAUUCCCGCGGAGGCGGUUCCUAUGAUUUGUCUGUGCGUCGUGUUAAUCGGGAUCGCGUUCGCGGCGUCGGAUUCUGUCUCGCGAAAGUUCGUAUGGAACGCGUACGAUAGACUGGCGGAGGAGCGGGCCCGAGCGACAUCCGAGGCGCACGCGCGAGGCGAGACAAAUCUCCAGAGAACGUGGACGGAGACGCUCCCGGUCCCGUCGGACACGCUCGAAGCGUCGUGA